GGGAUCCGUUUGCAAGUCUUACAUCAAAUCAACUCGAGGCUACCCUAGAUGAACUCGUAGAUACCCACAAAGACGAAUCGUUUUUGGAAGAAUACAGGCGAAAACGACUGGCUGAAAUGCAGAAAUUGGCUCUUAAGCAAAAAUUUGGCUUCUUAAAAGAGGUUACUAGAGCGGAUUGGAAAACCGAAAUUAAUGAGGCUGGAGACCUUCACAUUGUGAUACACAUCGCUUCUCAAGGCUCCCAGAUUUAA